AUGGCCUACGUUUUAACCGAGACGCCAGCAGGAUAUGCGCUUUUGAAAGCGUCCGAUAAGAAAAUCCACAAGUCAUCUUCUUUGAUUGAGAAUUUGAAUAGUUUACAAAAAGUGGUUGACCAAUUUAAGGUACAUCGUUUUGAAAAAUUCCAGAGCGCAGCAAAUGCCUUGGAAGAAGCUAAUGCGAUCAUGGAAGGUAAAGUAUCAGAAAGUUUAAAGAGAUUAUUAGAGGAAUCAAAGGCCGAUAAGAAGGCCACUUUGAUAGUUUCUGAAACAAAGUUGGGUAAUGCAAUUAACAAGUUGGGUUUAAAUUUCCAAGUUGUCUCCGACGCAGCCUCAUUAGACUUGCACAGAGCCAUAAGGGAGUAUUUGCCUGAGUUGUUACCAGGAUUAGAUAAGUCUGCAUUGAAUCAAAUGUCACUAGGAUUGGCGCAUUCUAUUGGCCGUCAUAAGCUCAAAUUCUCCGCUGACAAAGUCGACACAAUGAUCAUACAAGCAAUUGCUCUAUUGGAUGAUUUGGACAAAGAGUUGAACACUUAUGCGAUGAGGUGUAAGGAAUGGUACGGUUGGCACUUUCCAGAAUUAGCAAAGAUUGUAACUGAUUCAGUUGCUUAUGCAAGAAUUAUUUUACAUAUGGGAGUGAGAUCAAAUGCCGCAGAGGUGGACUUGUCUGAAAUUUUACCAGAAGAAGUAGAGGAACAGGUGAAAACUGCUGCAGAGGUCUCAAUGGGUACAGAAAUCACUGAAAACGACCUUGAAAACAUCAAGGCCUUGGCUGAGCAAAUUGUCGAUUUUGCUACGUACAGAGAGCAAUUGUCAAAUUACUUGAGUUCCAGAAUGAAGGCAAUAGCUCCAAACUUGACGGCCAUGGUUGGCGAUUUAGUUGGUGCGCGCUUCAUUGCGCAUGCUGGUUCUUUGACCUCAUUAGCUAAAGCUCCUGCUUCCACCAUUCAAAUACUUGGUGCAGAAAAGGCACUAUUCAGAGCUUUGAAAACAAAACACGAUACUCCCAAAUAUGGUAUUAUUUACCAUGCCUCUUUAGUUGGGCAAGCAUCUGGAAAAAACAAGGGACGUAUUGCAAGAACAUUGGCAGCAAAAGCGGCUCUUGCAGUUCGAUACGAUUGUUUUGACGAAGAAAGAGACGACACUGACAGUUUUGGAUUAGAAAAUAGAGGCAAAGUGGAAAGCAGGUUGAGCAAAUUAGAAGGAAAAGAUAUGAGAUCAACUUCAAGAGUAGACAGAAAACAAGGUAAAAUUGAUAUUACAGAAGCCAGAGCUUACAAUGUUGAUGCAGAUGCGCCAGUAGCAUCAGUAGAUUCUGAUGAUGAUGAUGAGUCUGUAACAGAAGAGGUUGAAGAAAAAGAAGAAGAAGAAGAAGAAGUUAAAGACAAGAAGGAAAAGAAGGAAAAGAAGGAAAAGAAGGAAAAGAAGGAAAAGAAGGAUAAAAAGGACAAGAAGGACAAGAAGGACAAGAAGGACAAAAAGGAAAAGAAAAGGAAAAGAGACGAUGAUGAAGAGUUUUCUAAGCUGACAAAAGAGAAAAAAAAGUCAAAAAAAUCGAAAAAGGAUUAA